UUUCUGAUUCCAAAUUCAUAUUCAUAUUCGAUAUUAAUAAAUCCUCGACGGCUGUUAUAGCAAUCCAAAUUCCCGGUCGAUUCCCGGUCCGAUCGGCAUGAUUCGGCGGUUGUCUGGCGAGCAUUGAGAAGAAGUCAUGGGCUGUGCCAGCAGCACUCCCAUGGUUGCAACGGCGGGCAGCGAAAUGCUGAAAGCCGCCAGCCAUGUCAAGCAGAAGGGCGAGGCCGUCGUAGAAGAAGCUUCUGGGACGUUGACUACCACUUUGGACACGGCCAAGGAGACCGUUGGCACGGCGGUGGCGGGAAUUACCAAUGAGCUGGGCAACGCCUUCAAGGAGGGCACUCAGGCUCUGGACGAGGCCAAGCACAAGGUGAUGGAGGGUCUGCAUCUGGAGGAGCCGCAGGAAUCCGAUGCGAAAACGGAUCAGGGAGAGGCCACCAUGAGCACUUCGCGGGCUCCAACGCCCCAACUAAAGGAAGAUGAUGCCGAUAGCCUGAAGACCUCGACUCCGGAGCCGGAAAUCGAAAGGGCUCUGGCAAACGAGGAGGAGAGUCCGCCCAGUCCGAAGCCCACGCUGGAGGAGAUGGUUGAGCUGAGUGCCGAGGUGUCGCAGGUGGCAGAUGCACCUGCCCCUGCCCCGCCUGCCACAGAGUCAGCUCCUCCGGCAGCCGAGGCUCCCGCAUCCGGAUCCACCGCACCCGUGGAAAGUCGUAAAGUUCGUCGCAGGGGAAAGGAUAAAAGGGAUAAGGAGCAGCAGAGACCCAGUACCACCGAGUGGGAGAAGUUUGCGGAUCAGUUGGCCAAAAGCAAGAAGUUCAAGCCCUACGAAAGUUUUGCCCACAGCCAGAACAAGUUCUCCGUUUACCAGGAUCACACGAGUCUGCGGGACAAGCCGAAUCACUACGAUGGUCACUUCAGCGGUGGCAACUCGCAGAGUGCCUCCCAAUCGGAUCUGUCCAGUGGUCACAUAACACCCGCCCCUACUCGUCGAGGUCAGCGGGAGUUCGCCAAGUUCGUGGGCUCCGAACAGCCGGGCAGCAUUUCCCGCUCCAGUUCCAGACUUUCGAAUGCCGCCUCCAGGACCUUCGAUUUCAAUCCCCAACGCGAACGCAUCAGUCUUCCGGUGGCGACUCGCAUUGGUUCUGGUAUCCAAAGAGCUCCUGCGGAAAGGAUUUCCGGUUGGGGUAGAGGAAGACCUACUCCUUUGGCGGAGGAACCCGGUUACGCAGGACGCAGAAUGAGCACGGGGGUCAUUCCACAGUCCCUGCGACCUGAGAGGGAGAAGUUCCUAGGCACUGGAAGUCGCCGAGCAGUACAACCCAUAACCCCAACAAAGGAUUCGAGAAGAGAAAAGUCUUCCAAGAAAAGUUCUUCCAGAGAGUCGUCUUACCUGGAACUUGAUUCUCGCAGAGCCGAUAAAAGUCCAUUAAGAAUCUCCAAGCCCUUAUCAAAGCAAAUAGUGCGCUCCAGAGAACCAUCUUUCAAUGAGUUCGAUUCCAUGAAGGCGCAUAAGAGUCCUUUAAGAGGAUCUAAGGAAAUUCGGCCACCAAUAAAUACAGCUUCCAGAGAACCAUCCUAUAGGGAGUUAAAGUCCUUGAAAACGAAUAAAAUACCCAUGGGAUUACAAAAACCUUCAACAAAAGAGGUCUUUAGAUCUAGAGAGCCCUCCUAUAUAGAAUUUGAUUCCUUUAAGAAAGAUGAGAGCCCGCUAAGAAAUGAAUCUUUGGCAAAGGAAAUAAUACUAUCUAGAGAGCAGUCGCAUAUUGAAUUUGAUUCCUAUAAAGCAGACAAAAGCCCUGUAAUAACAAAUGAAAAGCAUGAUCUAGCAGAAAAUGUAACGAAAAAGCAUCAUACUUCUUCGGAACAUCUACCUCAGAGAGAUAUCAGUCCGAGUGAGGUAACUCGAACCCCAACAAACCAAAAUCUAUCCUCUGCUCCUCAAACACCUCAAAACACAGAAGACCCUGCGGUUACCACCUCAAAGAUGCCAUCACCACCCGCUUCGCGUGUUUCCAGCGGCAAAUCCUCAGACAGCAGCAAUUUAGAUGUGAUAAUUCAGCCUUUGAGCAGUCUGAACACACCUAGUGUAAAGUCCUUUACCCAGUCACCUGAUCAGGUGGUAAUGGAGGGCUAUGAGGAUUCCGAUUUGGAGGCUGCUCUGGCCAGGUUGGAAAUCCUGAGGGGAUCCACAGCCACUUUACAUUCGCUAAGAUCCUGUAGUCCUGGCAAACACACCUACACUGCCUCCCUUCUAAGUUCUCGAAGAACAUCUCCUUGGGUGAUGCGAAAAAAGUAUGGAGGCACAAUUGGGAGAGAAAUGAAACCAUCACCAUUGAUAGGAAGUUCCCUGAAAUCCUCAGAGACCAGCCAUCAAACACUCGAACGCUGCGAUAUUUGCUAUAAUGAGUUUAUUAUAAAUUAA